AUGGAAGGUUUCGAGAACAAGUUGGCAUCGCUGAAGAGUUUCAUCUUUGAGUUCCGGCAGCGCGUGGCGGAAUCCGUGUCCGAGUUGCCCGGCGCUGCUCAAGCAGCCCACGGCUUGGAGGGUUCGCAAGCCUUGGUGAAAACUCUGGAGCUAGGGCGUGGUGCAUUCGGACGACUACUGCACGCUGCGCUCUUCUUGUACCAGAAGCUCAGGACCUUGGUUCCUACAGAGUUGGAGGUGACCAUGCGCGAUCCUCUGAGCCGCCUGGUGCCUGUGCCCUUCUACGUGCUUCCCUACAAGGUGCCACCAAAGGUGCGCCUCGCGGUGCAGGAAGUUGGAGCACAGCGCAGUGUAGGUGGCUUAGCCCGAAGUUUGGCGCGUGGUGGACCGGGUCAAGGUCGAGGUCAGUUGGAAGAGCUGCAGGAGACCGCUCUGCGCCUCGGACCGCACCGCCAUCCCGGGCUUCCUGGCGCAACUGCUGCGAAUCCGCGGCGCAGGUCCUCCUAG